GCGCCGCCCUCCUCGCCGCUGCCGCCACCUUCCCCCUCCGCUCCCGUCCCUCUGCGAGAGCCUCCAGCGUUCUGCUGACUGACAACAUCCCCCGGCCGCUCCCCGGGGGUAGACUCCCUUCAGACAUCGUUCGGAGGCUCCGCGGAGAGGGAAACGGGGUCGGACUCUGCUCGAACUUGAUUCGCAGACGUGGCGGUCGUGUCCGAAAGCCCUGACCCCGCUCGCCAACUUGUCACGGAUACCUUAGCAUCAUGAGAGUCCGCCCCUGACCCCUUCUUAGACAUCUUAGCUGUCAAGGAGGAAAUAUUUUAUUAUUUAUUUUUAACGUGGACUUAAUGUGAUAAAAUUGGCGUCCCAGAUUUCAGGAAGGAACGUGGGUUGGCCUACUUGACCCGGGUCAAAGAACUGUUUGCAAUUCCCUGUCGGUAGAAGAAAAAUCAAAACUACCCGGUGUUCCAUCUCAUUUUAAGACUUUACACCUUGCAGGCCACAUGUCGGUUAAACCACUGUUAAGGAAUCGAACUCAGUCUUCUGAACUUCCCUCCGAGGCAAAGCUCCUCUCUGCCAGGCUGGACCCUCUUUCUGGAGGGAUUUCAUUUUGGAAGACAUGGAUCUUGCUGCUAAUGAGAUCAGCAUCUAUGACAAACUUUCAGAGACUGUUGAUUUGGUGAGACAGACAGGCCAUCAGUGUGGAAUGUCCGAGAAGGCGAUUGAAAAGUUUAUCAGACAGCUACUCGAAAAGAAUGAACCUCAAAGGGGACCACCCCAGUACCCUCUCCUUAUAGCCAUGUAUAAGGUCCUCCUAACUCUGGGAUUAAUCUUGUUCACUGCCUACUUUGUAAUUCAGCCUUUUAGCUCAUUAGCACCCGAGCCAGUGCUUUCUGGAGCUCACACCUGGCGCUCACUCAUUCAUCACAUUCGGCUGGUGUCCUUGCCCAUUACCAAGAAGUACAUGCCAGAGAAUAAGGGCGUUCCUCUGCAAGGAAGAGAGGAAGACAAACCCUUCCCAGACUUUGACCCCUGGUCAUCAAAUAAUUGUGAACAGAACGAGUCAGAGCCCAUUCCUGCCAACUGCACUGUCUGUGCCCAGAUUCUACCCCUCAAGGUAACGCUCCCAGAAGAUACUCCCAAGAUCUUUGAGAGACUCCGGCCUCUGGUGAUCAAGACAGGACAGCCUCUGUUGUCUGCAGAGAUUCAGAGCUUCUCUUGUCAGUACCCUGAAGUCACGGAGGGCUUCACCGAGGGCGUUCUCACCAAGUGGUGGCGCUGCUUUCCUGAGAGGUGGUUCCCGUUUCCUUACCCAUGGAGAAGACCUCUAAACAGAUCACAGAUUUUACGGGAACUUUUCCCAGUUUUUACCCAACUUCCAUUUCCAAAAGAUGCCUCCUUAAACAAGUGCUUCCUGAUCCAACCGGAACCUGUGGUGGGUAGCAAGAUGCAUGAGGUGCAUGACCUGUUUACCAUUGGCAGCGGGGAAGCCAUGUUGCAUCUUAUCCCUCCCUUCCAGUGCCGAAGACACUGUCAGUCCGUGGCCAUGCCGAUAGAGUCUGGGGACAUUGGCUACGCUGGUGCUGCCCACUGGAAGGUCUACAUCGUAGCCAGAGGGGUCCAGCCUUUGGUCAUCUGUGAUGGAACCACUCUCUCAGAACUGUAGGAAACAACUGCUUGGAGACCUGAGACCUAGGCUGGAAAGAGUGCGGAGCGGGGAAUAAAACACUGAAACACUUCCCACGGUUGGUUGCUUAGUUACCUGCCCUGGAUGCUCGGCUGUCAGCUGUAUGCUAGAGACAGUGGCUUGGGCCUCGCCCUCUUAUCUGUCUAGAUUCCUCAGGAAGGAUCAAUGGAGACUGGCUGCUGGUCAAGACUCUGCUCGCAUUUCUCCUCUCCCAGGCCUUUGGACUCCAGGGAAUGGGAAAUAGGCUGGUGGCCCUGUGAAGUGCGUGGACAUGGUUCCUCUAUUGUCUUCUUGGUGUGCAGUGGAAGGCAGCAGUACCACCUGAUACUGUUUGUCCACUCUUGCCACACCACCCUGUACUUGGUGGGAAAGCCAUGGCUGACUUUAAUCGGUACAGUUUGACAGGGAGAAUGAAUUUGGAGCCAGUGUGGGGGAUCGGAUCGCUGGAAUUGCAUGUGUAAAGGUGCCUGCCAUGGUGCACACCUUUAGUCCCAGCACUUGGGAGGCAGGUCCAUAUCUUUAUGAGUUCUAGGCUAACCUGGUGUCCAUAGUGAGUUCCUGGCCUGCCAAGUGUUACAUAGUGAGACCCUGUCUCAACCCUGCCUGCCCUGCCACACUCCCCCAAAACCUCCUAGAUCUAGGGGUGUAGCUCAGAGGUAGGGUGCUUCCCUGACACAGCGAGCCCUGAGUUCAGUCCUCGGCAUCACAAGGAGGAGAAAGGGUAGUGUACGUCCUCCAUACUGUCCAUGACUCCCGGAGUCUUUGUGAUGACGCUGGAGACUGGGUUACAGUUCAGGAUUACUAACUGAAUCCUGUCCCCACCCCCACAGCCAGCAGUUUGUCUUCUCUGAGUCCAGCCCCCCAGCUGCCCAGCACCCUCUCCCCAAGGCUGCAGAGCCCUUGUCCACUGCUGCUGUGCCCCUCCCCCUCAGAAGGAAGGGGUUGGGAUGGCUGGCCUGAGGGAGCCUGAGGGAGGCAGGGCGUCUCCCUGAGUCUUACCUUCAGGCCUGACUUCUACAGAGAUGUUUGUCUGCAGCCUCAAAGCUGAUGUGGUGUGGGUGAGGGAGGAGCAGCAGAGCCCAGGCGUUUGCUAUAGGUACACAGCUCACUUCACCGCCCUCUGUCCUACCAUUUUUGUACGGAGGCACGGCAAGAGGUUAGCUUAGUCAGGACGCGGGAGUAACCCAAAUGGUAUUCUGCUGUGCUGACUGCUUCCCCACCAGCUUUUGGGGUGUCCUUAUCAAACAAUGCAAGUAAGGAUGGUCUGCUCUCUCCUUUUUUAGGCAGGGUCUUGCUGUGUAGCUCUGGCUAGCCUCAAACUCAUACAGACCAGACUGGCCUCAAAUUCACAGAGACCUGCCUGUCCCCAGUGCUGAAGAGUAAAAGCGUGUACCACU